ACGAGGGCGGAGAGGCGGAAGCGCUCGGCAAUCCGAGGCGGCGGAGGGCUCCCGUUUCUCCCGUUUCCCUCCCGCCCGAGCUCGGACCCCGCAGGCCCGGGACCCUCCGCGGGGCGGCCCCUAUGAGUGUGUCUCUGGUGGUCCUUCGCUUGGAGCUGGCCGAGUCUUCGCCCGUGCCGGGCGGCUUCUCUUACAGCGCUGCCGCUACCGAGAUGUCUGAUGAGGUGAUGCAGGAGACGUCGCUGGCCGCCGCUGCGGUGACCUUGGAGGGCAAGGCACCCGUGGAGAAGGCGACCAUAAUCCACCAACACAUUGGCCGGCGGGAGAUGACGGAUGUGAUCAUCGAGACGAUAAAGCCAGAUCCAGAUGAGGUGAAAGAGAUGAUGGACAAAGUUGGCGCAGCUGAGGCUUCCUCCACUGAGGGUUACAAUAAUCAGGAUGGCCAAAGUGGAAGCAGUGGGACUACACCGGAUUCUCCAUCAAAGCAGCUCCCUGACCAGAUUUCCUUUUUCAGUGGGAAUCCAUCGGUUGAAAUAGCUCACGGCAUUAUGCACCUCUACAAGACAAACAAAAUGACCUCGUUAAAAGAAGAGGUGCGGCGUAGCGCCAUGCUGUGUAUUCUCACAGUCCCUGCCACAAUGACCAGCCACGACCUCAUGAAGUUUGUGGCGUCUUUUUAUGAUGUCAUCGAACACAUGAAAAUCAUCCGAGAUUCCACCCCAAACCAGUACAUGGUCCUCAUCAAAUUCCGGACCCAGGCAGAUGCAGACAGCUUCUACAUGACUUGCAACGGUCGGCAGUUUAACUCCAUAGAAGAGGACGUUUGUCAGCUCGUCUACGUGGAAAGGGCAGAGGUCUUCAAGUCAGAAGCCGGGGCCAGCCUGCCCGUCAUGGACCUGACCGAGCUCCCCAAAUGCACCGUCUGCUUGGAGAGGAUGGAUGAAUCGGUCAACGGGAUCCUGACCACGGUCUGCAACCACAGCUUCCACAGUCAGUGUCUGCAGCGGUGGGAGGACACCACGUGCCCCGUCUGCAGGUACUGCCAGACUCCGGAACCUGUAGAAGAAAACAAAUGUUUUGAAUGUGGAGUCCAAGAAAACCUGUGGAUAUGCCUCAUCUGCGGGCACAUUGGAUGCGGGCGUUACGUGAGCCGGCACGCAUACAAGCACUUUGAGGAGACACAACACACCUACGCCAUGCAGCUGACCAAUCACAGGGUCUGGGACUACGCCGGGGACAAUUAUGUCCACCGUCUGGUGGCCAGCAAAACAGAUGGCAAGCUGGUUCAGUACGAAUGUGAGGGGGAUGUGUGUCAAGAAGAGAAAAUUGAUGCCUUACAAUUAGAAUAUUCCUACUUGCUAACCAGCCAGUUGGAGUCCCAGCGCAUCUACUGGGAGAACAAGAUCGUCCGAAUAGAAAAGGAUACGGCCGAAGAAAUCAACAACAUGAAGGCCAAAUUUAAAGAGACUAUUGAGAAAUGCGACUCGCUGGAACACAGACUGAACGACUUACUGAAGGAGCGGCAGUCGGUCGAAAGGAAAUGCAGCCAGCUAAGCACCAAGGUGUCCAAGCUGACCAACGAGCUGAAGGAAGAGCAGGAGAUGAACAAAUGCCUGCGGGCCAACCAGCUCCUGCUCCAGAACAAGCUGAAGGACGAGGAGAAGCUCCUGAAGGAGACCUGCGAACAGAAGGACCUCCAGAUCACCGAGGUCCAGGAGCAGCUCCGCGACGUCAUGUUCUACCUGGAGGCCCAGCAGAAGAUCAACCACCUGCCCGCCGAGGCCCGACAGGAGAUCCAGGACGGGCAGAUCAACAUCCCCAUGGCCUCUUCGGCGGGUUCAUCCGCGGGAGGCAGCGGGAAGCCCUCCUCCCGCAAGGGGAGAAGCAAGAGGGGCAAGUGACAAGCGGGCGCAGAGGCAACGGAGGUGACCGCCAUCGGGUGCAGGAAGGGUGUCGGGAGGGCAAAACGAGCGUUGUCUGUUUUGGCAAAAAUAGGCUGGAAAAUCUAGCCAGGGACGAGUAUCUGGUUUCUGGAUCCUUUGCACUAAACCCUGGGCCACCGACGGCCCUGAAGACGC